ACUUGUAAAACCGGCGCACCGGCAUAAACCGGUCUUGCACCCAACCUUUUCAUUGAAUCAGAUAAGCAAUCUUUAUCUUAAAGUAAUAUAUUUUCUUUAUUGUUUUCUUUUAAGCUCAGAGAUGAUCACAAUACACCGAUUGUACUUUAUGAAAAGCAUAAACGGGCACCACGCAUCCCAUCAUCACAUAGCAACAAGCAUAAUCAUUAGACAAAUGUAGACGAAAAGCAUGGCGGCUCAGUAUUUUCCAAAACCCCAGGGCCUUGGGUUGCGAUCUGCACCGCUGGUACUGGUUGGGCAAAAAAAAAAAAAAAAAAAAAAAAGUAAACACAAACUCAAAUAUUUAACAGGACAGAAGAAGAGAAACCCAAAUCUUUAAGUAUCUAUAGCACUACUUAAGGACUGCAUCUCGAUGAGGGAUUUCACCAUUCUCAGCCCACAAAUGGCUCUACCUGAUGUCCCAGUCAUAUGGCUCCUUAUUCCCUUACUUCUGCCCCUUGUGGUUCUCAUCAUCAGGAACAAGAUCAACUUAUCAGGAAGGAAAAGCAGCAACCUGCAGAAGCUUCCACCACCUGGUCCUCCUAAACUUCCAAUAUUGGGCAACUUGUAUCAACUUGGUGCUCAUCCGCACCAGUCACUCUGGCAACUUGCCAAGAAAUAUGGCCCUGUUAUGCAAUUCCACUUCGGCCGUAUACCCGCCGUGAUCAUCUCCUCCCCUAAAGCCGCCAAAGAAGUCAUGAGAGUUCAUGACCUUGCCAGUUGCAGCCGGCCAUCCUUGGCUGGAACUAGGAGGCUGUCAUACAACUACCUGGACGUGGCUUUCUCUCCUUAUGGAGACAACUGGAGGUUCAUGAGGAAAAUGUUUAUACUCGAGCUCUUCAGCUUAAAGAGGACGAAGGCGUUUCGUUUUGUUCGGGAGGAAGAAGUUGGCCUGCUGAUCGACUCCAUCUCUGAAAUAUCAGCAUCUGCCUCCACAGUUGAUCUCACCGAGAAGUGUUACUCUCUCACAAGAAACAUAACCUUCAGGAUGACUUUUGGGUACAAUUACAACUGGAGCGACUUUGACAAAGACAGGUUUCAUGAACUGGUUCAUGAAGCUGAGGUUGUUUCGGGAACCAUUUCAGGGGAGGAGUGUUUCCCUCGACCAUUUAGUUGGAUUGUUGGCAAAUUCAAUGGUCAUCAAGCAAGGAUUGAAAGAGUUUUCCAUGAGCUCGACACUUUCUACGAGCGUAUCAUCGAUGAACACCUUAAGCCUGGAAGGGAAGGAGCUGAAGAAGACAUGAUCAAUGUACUGCUGGCAAUCGAGAAGGAACAAUAUCAAUUACUCGGUAGCAAAUCUCGCUUCAGAAGAGAGAACAUCAAGGCAGUUUUCCUGAACCUGUUCAUAGGUGGAAUCGACACCGCGGCAAUGACUGUGAACUGGGCAAUGGCAGAGCUGUUGGCAAAUCCCAGACUGAUGAAGAAAACACAAGAUGAAGUCAGAGACAUUGUUGGAGAGAAAGGCAGGGUAACUGAAGACGAUCUUGAAAAUUUGCAAUACCUGAAGCUGGUAAUCAAAGAAACUCUGAGAUUCCAUCCACCUGCCCCUCUUCUACUCCCCAGAGAAGUAUCUUCUCACUUGAAAAUCAGUGGAUAUGACAUUCCUCCCAAGACAAUGAUCUACAUCAAUGCCUGGGGAAUGGGACGGGACCCAAAAUACUGGAAGGAUGCUGACAAGUUCAUGCCUGAAAGAUUUGCAAACAGCUCCCUGGAUUUCAAAGGGCAAGACUUCGAGUACCUGCCAUUCGGAGCUGGUCGCAGAGUCUGUCCCGCAAUAAACAUGGGAAUAACGACCGUCGAAAUUGCACUGGCGAAUCUGCUGUACUGCUUUGACUGGAAACUGCCAAAAGGGAUGAAGGCCGAAGAUAUGAGCAUGGAAGAGAAGAGUGGCGUCAGAAUUACCGUGGACAGAAAGGAGCCUCUCCUACUCAUCCCUGUCAACUGGCGCAACAAGUAAACCAGAAGAAGCACAUCAGCCGCCGGGCACUACAAAUCCGCAGCAGCGAAACUAGUAGACUACUACUUGUAAAUAAGUAAGACACCACUAAGAACUAGCUCUGCGCCCGGCCUUUAGACGGGUUUGAUAUCAGUAGGUGUUUGUUUUCCUGCAAUUAGCGUGCAGCAAAGAAGAAACAACAGAGAACUUUAUCUUGGAACAACUUUGUCCUACAUAAUGCUGAAAUGAAAUCCACCAACACCAAACAAUGGGAAGUGAAGCAACAUGUACAAUAUAAUAAUUGGCCAUAGCAACAAAAAAUUAGAGCGGCGGCAAACUUAAUGAUCGAUGCACGGAAGACUACUGCAUUCAAAUUUGAGAAUGACGAAAAAGAACCAACUCAUGAGUAUCAUUUGUGACUUAGCGUUAAUGUUCAAGAACAAUGAAAGGAAAUGAGUGAC